GUCAACAUCAUCAUUGCUUGAAUGCAAAAUUAGAUUCAAAAGAUACCAGAACCAAGACAAGUAGCACCGAAGUUAAAGUUGAAAACUUUCUUUCAUUUCUAGCAACCCCAUUUUGCAGUUCAAGUGUUUGUGAGAUGGCAACUGGUUCAGGAUCAAUUAUAUGGAAGACACAGUUGGCCAUGUUAAUGGCACCCCUAAUCUAUGGAGGUUACAAUGUUGUCACCAAAGUGGCACUCAAUGAUGGUGUCAACCAGCUUGUCUUCUGUGUCUUCAGGGAUCUCAUUGCCCUCUCUGUUCUUGCUCCUGUUGCUUAUUUCCAUGAAAAGCAUAUGCGACCACCCAUUACUAAGAAGCUAUUAAUGUCAUUCUUCUUGCUUGGAUCACUUGGGAUAUUUGCCAACCAGCUUCUGUUUCUUAUUGGUUUAAAGUAUACCAAUGCAACAUAUGCUGCUGCCACACAGCCAGCUAUUCCUGUCUUUACAUUUCUGUUUUCUGCAAUAAUGGGGGUAGAAAAAGUGAACUUGCUAAGAUAUGAAGGGUGGGCAAAGGUUGGAGGGACUAUUAUCUGUGUCUUUGGUGCCUUGUUGAUGGUGUUCUAUCGCGGUCCAGUUGUGAUAGGAAAUGAAGAAAUAGUAAUGAAAAGUGCAUCUCAAACUGAGCCAUCUGGAUGGUUAAUUGAUGGUUUGCAACAUAUAGGAUUUGAUCAAUUCAGUCUUGGUGUUAUGUGCUUAAUAGGUAACUGCAUGUGCAUGGGUGCUUAUCUAGCCAUUCAGGCACCGCUAUUGAGAAAGUACCCCACAAAUAUAUCUCUCACAGCAUAUUCCUACUUCUUUGGAACUGUAUUGAUGGUGAUAGUAUCAAUGUUUAUGACUAAUGGGAUUACUGACUGGACUCUAACGGGGUCCGAAAUUCUUGCUGUUAUUUAUUCUGGAGUUCUUGCAUCUGCCCUUGGUUAUGCACUUAUUACAUGGAGCAAUAAGACCUUGGGACCAACCAUGGUUUCCCUAUAUAUCUCCCUUCAACCUGCAUGUGCUACUAUCCUUUCCCUAAUUUUUCUUGGAAGUGCUGUCUACUUGGGAAGUAUCUUGGGAGGAACAUUUAUCAUCGCUGGCCUAUACAUUGUUUCUUGGGGAUCAUACAGAGAAAGACAGACAGAAGCGAAUGAGGGAGUUAUUCCCUAUGAAUUUUGUGUUUCAGAGCCACUGAUUCAGAAAUAGCCAACAUUUUAGAAGUCUGUUACUCCGGGACCCUUCAAUGUUUCUCAUAAGUCAUUGGCUUAAUGAAUUGAAUUAUGCAAUUUUUGUGUAUUUGAUUAUGCUAUGAUUGUAAUAGAAUUGGAUAGCAACACAUUGAUUUUCAUUGUGUAUUGAAAUUAAUUUCUGUAUAUUUGAUUUUAUCUAUGUGAAAUGUCAUAUUAA